UAUGUUUAUUUGCAGUUUAUAGAUGAGGCUCCAACCCAACUAUUUCAACCGGCACCUCCACUAAAAAGUAGCUGCGUUAGCAACUGUGCCGGUGGAGAGAAAUAUUUCAAAUUUCCGAAAACGGAAGUUGCUAGAAAUAAUUGGGUUAAGGCCUGCAAUCUUGAGUUACCAUUACAGAAAAAUUUUUAUAUUUGUGAAAAACAUUUUCACACAAAGGAUGUAUCUUCGCACCGCAUCAUUAAUGAAGCUCUUCCUGUGCUAGGACUCGACGAAAGUAGCCAGCAGUCACCGCAGUGGGUUUUGUCGCCAGUUUUAAAAACAUACGAUGUGAAAAAAACCGAUAUUUCACAACCUGAUGAUAUGUCAGUUGGAAAUUCAAAUGACAUAUCAUGCGAAGAGUUUGAGAAAUAUUCACGCCUUCAUGAAAUAGAAAUUAAGUGCAAAGACGAAGAGAAUAUCUCUGUUUGCGACCACGAGCAUUACGCUCGAGUAGCUAGGCGGUUUCGAAAUAAUGCUUUGAAACAAGCCAAAACAAUUAAAGAGCUAAAAGGAAAAAUUUUUUUAUUGACAAGAAAAUGCCAAGCUCUUGAGAAAAAUAUAAUUGUAACAGGAGGAGCAAAUGAUCAUGCAAUUACCUUCGCAAAAAUGAUUGUGAAGACGAAAAACUCAUACAGCGAAAAGGAGAAGGCAAUGGCAUUGAACAUAAAUUAUAUGUCGACUAGGGCCUAUAAUUUUAUGCGCGACGACUUGGGGUUCGCAUUUCCCCACAAAAAAACACUUUUUCGUUGGCGUCCGAUCCGGUAUGUCUGCCCUGGUAUCGACGAAAAAGUCUUGAACAAUUUAAAGAAAUUUAAAGAAAAUUGUUCAAGACUUUAA